CAACGCCCAAAGCGGAAGUACAUUUUACGAAUGGCGGAUAAGCUUGCUGAUGGGACUAGAGUAUUCUGUAUUAUUAUAGGAUAGACAAUCCAGAAACCAAACAAGUUGAUUCUGAGCUACUAAAAGGCAUAUCGAAAGGAGAGAUAUAAACAAUAGCCGUCAUUAAUACAGAUACAUUGAGGGUUAUUUAACCAUUUAUUUCGAUAUUUUUAGAAGUGAUUUUCUCGCUAUUUUUAGAAGUUCUUUUGUCUCCUUUUAAGGCCUACGCUAGGCUGGCCUACCUAUUUUCUUCCUACUUUUACCUCUGACACAGUGACUGAUUGAGUCAUCGGCUAUCGUUUUCAUACGUUGGUUCAACAGUAGGAAGCAGGGCAAAGGAAUGAACUGAAAUAUCCUAAAACAUACGCAGGUAUUGUUAGGUAAAAAAAAAAAAACAAGUUUGAUUUUAAAACAACAGAAUUAAACAAUUUAUGCCAAUAUGCAGACAAUAAAAUGUGUAGUUGUCGGGGAUGGAGCUGUAGGAAAAACGUGUCUGCUUAUCUCAUAUACGACUAACAAAUUUCCUUCGGAGUAUGUACCUACAGUUUUUGACAAUUAUGCUGUUACUGUGAUGAUUGGUGGCGAGCCAUAUACUCUAGGACUUUUUGAUACAGCAGGUCAGGAAGAUUAUGAUAGGUUGAGGCCUCUGAGUUAUCCACAAACAGAUGUAUUUUUGGUUUGUUUCUCUGUCGUUUCACCAUCAUCAUUUGAGAAUGUCAAAGAAAAGUGGCAGCCAGAAAUUACACAUCAUUGUCCAAAAACACCGUUCCUGCUAGUUGGUACACAGAUUGAUUUACGAGAUGAUCCAGCAACAAUUGAAAAGCUACUCAAGAAUAAGCAGAAGGCAAAUUCUCCAGAACAAGGGGAAAAAUUAGCUAAAGAACUGAAGGCGGUCAAAUAUGUUGAAUGUUCUGCUUUAACACAGAAAGGAUUGAAGAAUGUAUUUGAUGAAGCUAUAUUGGCUGCCUUAGAACCUCCAGAACCUCCCAAAAAGAAGAAGUGUAGAUUGUUGUAAGGUUGUGUUGGUCCAAAUUAGCAACAAUACUGCUCUUAAUCAAGCUUUUGAUUGAAGAGUGUCCUAUAUACAUGAGAAACCCCCAUGCGGCUUUUAUAAACACAAUUUUUAUUGAGUUUACCAAGAGUGAUAACAUGCUUUUGUUACUUUCUAUCUGUAUAUUUUUAUUGGUUUAGAAUAUAUCCCACCUUAUGAAUCACAUCAAAAAUUGUACCAAAAAGUUAAAAGGCAAACUCAUGUGUUGGACUAUAGCACUGACUAUAAACUAACCUGAAUAUAUUUUAUUUAGUCAUUUGCAAACAUGAAGCAUAUUCAUUGAAAUCAUUUUUAGUUGUGUCUUGUACAUAACCAAGACAUUAAACCUUAUUUGUUAUUAAUGUAAUCAAACUGUCUUUCAUGUGAACUGUCUAGUAUGAACCAUAAUUGCAGAAUCCUAGAAACAGUCAUUCCAUCACAUGUUUUCUCUUUUGCUAUGUGCAAUUGAGAAUUCUACUUAAUUCUGUUAAAAAUAUUCAUAUAUUGUACAUUAUUAUUUACUGAAUUAAUCUUUAUUGUAAGUUUAAAAUUGUAUUGAAGUGGUUUAAAUAACAUAUAUAUGGGUUAGCCUCUCAUCCCCCAGAAAACAUUUGGUGUUUUAAUGUCAGAAAGUGAUUCAAGAGUUAUUAUUCAGUUGUCAUGGAAGCAACGUGAAGCAUGUUUUUCCUCUUCCAUCGGUGUAUAUUGAAGACCAGUAAAAUACUAUUGUGUUAUUCACUUUUUAUUGUGAAAACUUGUCAACUUUAGUUUUUGUAAGUUUAUAUAUAUAAUAAUUGAAUAUAAUUAUUUAAAUAUUCAAAUGCCAAAUUAUUUGUUCAGAUUUUCUUAUGUUAAAUGUGUGAUCACAGUAGAUAAUUCUUGCAGGGUUUUUCAUUAAUGCUCACCAUUGGAGCCAUUUGAAAUUAAAGGUACAUUUAUAUGGAUUCAAAUGUAGUUACUCCUAUAGAUCAGUAGUUGUCUUUGGCUUUUUAAAAAAAGAUUUCAUGGUGUUUUUUUUUUUUUGGUUUUUUGUUUUAUUUUGUUUUGUUUAUUUUUUUAAGAAGCAAUUUAGUUGUAGAGAUUGUACUUGACCAAUUUGCUUUCUCCCCUCUCACUCAUUUUCCUAAGAUAGUAAGUUGCUAAUGCAUUACCUGGUCUGUUAUGUUAUAUACACAUAGGAUAUUAAUAUUUAACCUUUUCAGAUUAUGAAUCAAUAAACAUGAUAUAUUAUGAUAGUUACAAUUAGACCUAGAUCUAAUAAUCUACUGUAGUCUUCAAUAAAUUUGCUUCAUUACGAGACUGCA